AUGUCUUAUGGCCAAGAGGAAGAGGAGGAGGUGGUAUGCCGAAUGUCACAUCCAGCUCAUCCUCACACCCUCUCCCCCCGAUACGGUUGUGCGGCUUGUUUUAGAUGUGAAAUGCGUCUGUAUAAUCGUCUUUUCUAUUAUUGUAGCACAUGUAAAGUGGAGAUGCACGAUAAUUGUUGUAAGAUGCUAUCGAAGAUGAGACACCCUUAUCACCCUCAACAUCCUCUCAUCCUGAGUAUAGAAGGUAGAACCCAAACGUUGUACUUCCGCUCCUAUAGCGAUGACAGCGAUGAAGAUAGUUCCUUCGCCCGCUCUGUUGUCAUACCACCCUGCACUUGGUGUGGAGAAGAAUUGUUUGAAAAAACUUCUCACUACGGAUCUCAUUAUUACCAAUGUUCUCUCUGUGACUUUGGUUUAUGUACCACUUGUGUCGCAAAUUUCCCACUUCCUACUAUCUCUAAUCCAAAAAGCCAUCACCACUCACUACAUUUCCUUCCUCGACCACUUUUGCUUCCAUGUGAUGCUUGUGGGUUGGUAGAUAGAUCUGACCCAAGUUAUGUUUGUUUUCAUUGUAACUAUGUGGUCCAUAAGAGUUGUAUAGGCUUACCACGCGUUAUAAAACUCACCCGUCACCCUCAUCGUCUUUUUUACACUCCUUUUCUCCCACCCAAAAUUACAUAUUCGUGUCGUCUUUGCUACAAAACAAUCGACAACAAGUAUGGGCAAUAUUCUUGCAAUGAUGAUCGUUGCUCUUACGUUGUCCAUUCCAAAUGUGCAACUCAUGAGACAAUUUGGGAUCGGAAAGAACUCGAAUGGGAGCCGGAAGAACUUGACGAAACACAAGAUGUUGCGCCAUUCAAGAAUGUUGGUGAUGAU